AGUUUCAGUAUGUCGCUCGUUUCGUGUAGACGUGAUUUUGUAGUUCGUGGUUCUCGUCGUUUCGAAUAGUGGCCAUUAACUGUGGAAGAUUUUGUAACCCGUGAACCAUCCCCGUUCCAUAUUAUUCGAUUACGGAAACCACAGUUACUGGCAAAUGCACCUUCAUCCGGUUUUCGUUUCCGAUUUUGCUUUCGAAUUGCACCUAAAAUCGGUCGCUUGCAAGUUUUGCAAUUUUAAUUAUUGCGGUACCACCUAACAACUUCCAGCAGUACCUACGGUUUUUCGAAGUGGUUCCAAAGGUCGAUAUCGUUCGUGGUUUUUGAUUUGCACGAACUGGUUGGUGAUUGAUAAAAAAGAGUGCGGCUAAUCACCUGCUGAGCUGAACAAUAAAGUGCGAUCGGCGGACGGAAAAGAAAAGACGACGAGAAGCUUUCCAAGUUUGUGGCUGCACAAGUGCUGUGUCACCCUUCCGGUAGGGGGCUGUACGGAAAGAGCCAGUGAAUUGUCUAUAUAAGUUUUAGAAGCAAAAGAAAGACUAAAAUAAAAUAAUUGUUUUGACAGUAUAAUUAUACCGGAGAAAAUUCUGUGCACAACUGGAUCCUGUCAGAAAUGGCUCCAAGUUUGAGCAAGAUAGCAUCUAAUCAGAAUGUGGCGAUAGCAAUAGCGGGUUGUUCCGCCGCCGCCUGGAUUAUCUUGUACGGCAAGCAGGUUCACAAGGCUCGCAAACAGCGACCAGAGGAUGAAAUCCAGUACUUUAUCAGUGACAAGAAGGAAAAGCGGACAACCAAAGCGCACGUGAACUCGCUAUUUUUUAAGCAGUUGCGGGCACUGCUGAAAAUCGUCAUUCCCAAAAAAUGGAGCGCCGAAAAUGGACUGCUUCUAGUGAUUGCCGCCGCUCUCAUCGCACGAUCAGUCAGCGAUAUCUGGAUGAUCCAAAAUGCGACAGCUAUCGAAAGCACCAUCAUAACGAUGAACAAGGCUCAAUUCCGCUCCGCACUGGUCAAGUACCUGUCGGCGCUGCCAGCUAUCGCGGUGGUCAACAACGUACUCAAAUGGAGUAUUGGUGAACUAAAACUUAGAUUUAGAACGAAUCUAUCACAAUAUUUAUAUGCAGAGUACCUGAAAGGGUUCACCUAUUACAAAAUGUCCAACCUGGACAACCGAAUAGCCAACGCGGACCAGCUGCUGACGACCGAUAUAGAUAAGUUUUGCGACAGCGUUACCGAUUUGUACUCCAACAUCUGCAAACCAUUGCUGGAUAUAGUGAUAUACGUGUACAGGCUGACGACCAACCUGGGCGGGACGACGCCCGGUAUCUUGUUGUUGUAUCUAUUUUUCUCCGGGGUGUUUCUGACAAAUUUGCGCAAACCGACAGGUCGGUUGACGGUCAUGGAACAGAAACUGGAGGGAGAAUUCCGUUACGUCAAUAGUAGGCUCAUUACCAAUUCCGAGGAGAUCGCUUUCUACAAGGGAAACAACCGGGAAAAACUGACAAUUUUGGCCAGCUUCAACAAGCUGAUGGCUCAUUUGAGAAAGUUCCUGGAAUUCCGUGUCGGCAUGGGCAUCGUCGAUAACCUGGUCGCCAAGUAUAUUGCAACGGUGGUCGGAUUCUACGCCGUCUCGUUACCGUUCUUUGAACCCAACCAUCCACUACUGACUGGCCCCAACGCUGGGGAACGGUUGAGUAAAUACUACACAUUCGGAAGGAUGCUGGUCAAACUAGCGGAAGCCAUCGGGCGGCUAGUUCUAGCCGGGCGUGAAAUGUCCCGACUGGCUGGUUUCACUGCUCGCAUGACCGAACUGACGGUGGUACUGAAAGAUUUGAACGCGGGUCGAUACGAACGGACUAUGGUUAGUAAUUCGAGCGUGGCGGAUGCUGAGAUCGGUGUCGGUAAGGGGCUACUCAAGUUCCAGGAUAAUAUUAUCAAGUUCGAGCACGUGCCACUAGUGACACCUAACGGCGAUGUGCUGGUGAAGGAUUUGAACUUCGAGGUGAAAUCAGGCAUGAAUGUGUUGGUGUGCGGUCCGAACGGAUGCGGCAAAAGUAGUUUAUUCCGUAUUCUUGGGGAACUGUGGCCUACAUGGGGUGGAAAGGUAACCAAGCCGCCGGCUGGAAAAUUAUUCUACAUACCACAAAGACCGUAUAUGACGCUAGGAACGUUGAGAGAUCAGAUUAUCUACCCGCACACGCAUCAGGAAAUGAAACGACGUAGCAAGACAGAUGCUGACCUGCUUGCCUAUCUGGAGUUGGUACAACUGACCUACCUGCAAGUGCGCGAGAAGGGUCUGGACGCCAUCGAGGACUGGAUCGAUGUACUGUCCGGGGGUGAAAAGCAACGCAUAGCGAUGGCCCGUCUUUUCUAUCACAAUCCGCAGUUCGCCAUUUUGGACGAAUGCACCUCGGCCGUGUCGAUGGACGUAGAGGGUAGCAUGUACGAGUACUGUCGAAAAGUUGGCAUCACUCUGUUCACCGUGUCGCACCGGAAAUCGCUAUGGAAACACCACGACUACUACCUGCAGUUCGAUGGUCACGGAGCGUACGAUUUUGCGGAGAUCGACGGAACCGAGCAGCAGUUCGGUUCUUAACCGCACAAUCAGCCAACAAGUGGGUGAACCAGUUCAGGGUGAAUUGUAUAGUUAUUAGGGAGACUCUAGAAAGCGGUGCAGGAAACCCACUUAGGUGUAUU